AUCUGUAGACGUUCUCCUGCAACAGAGUGAUCAGAUUAAGAUCCUCCACCUGUAGACGUUCUCCUGCAACAGAGUGAUCAGAUUAAGAUCCUCCAUCUGUAGACGUUCUCCUGUAACAGAGUGAUCAGAUUAAGAUCCUCCAUCUGUAGACGUUCUCCUGCAACAGAGUGAUCAGAUUAAGGUCCUCCAUCUGUAGAUAUUUCCAUGGUCACACCUGAUGUGUAAAUGGCAACACACGAAGUGUCAAACUCGAGGAUAUCUUUAUAAAAGAGGAGCUGGUGCACACGGAGUGAUGAGUAAACCUACCUGGGAUUGUUAGGCUACUUGCAGUGCUUUUCAACAUUACAAUUGGAUAGUUUUUUCAAGAUAGACCUAUAGCCUAUUUGAACUGACAAAUAAAAAGUAAAAUAACUGAAUUGUGGUACUUGUAGGAUAAUUUGUCUUUGUUAUUCGUCUAUUAUUAGUACUAUUUUAAUGUGGUUGUGACAGUCGCAUAUUGACGAUUUGGUUGUUUUGUAGUAAACCGUAAUAUUCCCUUGCGGUAUGUAUUCCUGCAGCCUCCACUCCCUAAACGACUUGAAUAGAGAGGGGGAAAUGGAGUCGAGUCGUCUUUUCCGUUCCCUUUCAUCCUCCGGAAAUUUGACUUGAUCCAAAGAUUGCCAUGGAAAUCAACAAAGACAUCGCCAUGCCCUCAACGUGUGUCCUAUGAAAUCAAACAAAUAUCCCGGAUCAACGACAAAAAAAGAGUGUGUGGAAUAAUGCCUCCCCAGUCUCUCAACAACAUUCAGCGACAAAUCGACUUCUUGGUAUGCAACCGAAUAGCCAUGCUCUACAUCAGCAUUUGUCCCCCCCCCCUCCCCUAACAAAAAGUGUGUUUUAGUAUGGAAAGUUGUUGCUAUGCAUUAGUUGCAGAGGAACAUGUAUUUUGACUUUUAGCAGUGUCUAGUGUGACUGAAUAGCCGACGACUGUCUACAUUUUCACACCGUCUAUUGUAGCUUUAAUUUCUCUCAACUUUCUUUCUUGUGUUAUUCAGCCGUUUAACCAAAACCACAGUCAGCAAUCUCACAAUACCUGGGAUUGAUGAUGCACACGGACCAAUAGGAGAGGGGCCUCGGCACGCGGAUUGUUAUUUGAUGGGUGCAUGUUAGUAGGGGGAUAGGGCCUCCUCCAAUGAUCGUCUGAGUACCGGGUCACAUGUUUGGGCCCCCCUUCCUCUCCAUUCAUCAGGGGUGGACUGUGUUGUCUUUUCAAUUCAUUUAUCUGCAGGAAUGAUUGCGACUAUCAGUCUGAAGCUCGCCGCCUGACUGGGGAGGUGAAAGUUUCGCCACAGGAAGAGAAACCGCAAAAGACAAUAUUGUACAUGAUUUGCGUGUGCAUCGGAUGAGAAUUAGUGUGGGGUAAAAUUCCACUCUUGUUUUAGGUACAUAGAAAAACGGUGGAUUGGAGUUUGUACUCCUCUGUAAGGUCCGAGAGAGACUUUUUUUUGCAGAAAGAGAGAAAGCGAGAGAGGUAUAGGAGUGAGAGAAUAACUGUUCGUGAUUUUAUAUUUCUGCUCUCAGUCGCCUCAUUGAGUUGUAGACUGACGGAAGAUGCUUCUGGAUGCAGGACCCCAGUACCCCACCAUAGGAGUCACUACGUUCGGCUCCUCGAGGCAUCACUCAACAGGCGAAGUCACAGAAAGAGAAGUGGCUUUGGGGAUAAAUCCGUUCGCAGACGGGAUGGGAGCUUUUAAAAUCAACCACAGCUCCCAUGACCUGGGCUCCGGCCAGACGGCGUUCUCCUCCCAGGCUCCCGGCUACGCUGCUGCCGCCCUGGGUCAUCACCACCACCCGACGCACGUCAGCUCCUACUCCACCGCAGCAUUCAACUCCACCCGGGACUUUCUCUUCAGAAACCGGGGCUUCGGGGAUGCCACCAGCGCGCAGCACAGCCUGUUCGCCUCGGCAGCGGGAAGUUUUGCAGGGCCACAUGGACACUCUGAUGCCGCGGGGCACCUGCUCUUCCCGGGACUCCACGAGCAAGCCGCAAGUCAUGCAUCAUCAAAUGUCGUCAACAGCCAGAUGCGCCUUGGCUUUACCGGGGACAUGUACGGCCGGGCUGACCAGUACGGCCACGUUACGAGCCCCCGAUCCGACCACUACGCCUCGUCCCAGCUGCAUGGCUAUGGUCCUAUGAACAUGAACAUGGCGGCUCACCACGGGGCAGGGGCCUUCUUCCGAUACAUGAGGCAGCCCAUCAAACAGGAGCUCAUCUGUAAGUGGGUCGAGCCCGAACAGUUGUCGAACCCCAAAAAGGCUUGCAACAAAACGUUCAGCACGAUGCACGAGCUUGUGACCCACCUGACAGUGGAGCAUGUUGGGGGACCGGAGCAGUCGAACCACAUUUGCUUUUGGGAAGAGUGCGUCCGAGAAGGAAAACCAUUCAAAGCCAAAUACAAACUGGUAAAUCAUAUCAGAGUGCACACCGGAGAGAAACCAUUCCCAUGUCCCUUCCCCGGGUGUGGAAAAGUGUUUGCCCGAUCGGAAAACCUGAAGAUCCACAAAAGGACACACACUGGUGAAAAACCUUUCAAGUGUGAGUUUGAGGGCUGCGACAGGCGGUUUGCGAACAGCAGCGACCGGAAGAAACACAUGCACGUCCAUACGUCUGACAAGCCUUAUCUCUGCAAGCAAUGCGACAAGUCCUACACACAUCCAAGCUCUCUGCGGAAACACAUGAAGGUUCACGAGGCCACCACGCAAGGACCCCAACCGUCACCAGCGGCCAGUUCCGGGUACGAGUCGUCCACGCCGCCCACCAUCGUGUCCCCGUCCACAGAGAACCAGAAUUCCAGUUCCAUAUCACCGGCAGCAUCGACAGUACACCACACGACCAGUCACCACACCACGCUGUCGUCAAAUUUUAAUGAAUGGUACGUGUAAAAUAUUUUCACAAAGACUGCAGAAAUAGGACUGCUUGGAAUCAAAGACUUUGAAAGUCAGUCUAUAAUGCGUGGACAGAGAAAAAUACGAGGAAGCCAAAAUGGUUUGUUAAUGGCUACAGAGAGAGAGACAGAGAGAUGCAUGGACAAGGUGCACGGCCAGCUACCAAGUUAAAGUUUUUUUUUUACAAUUUCUUCCCCCCGGCUCUUUUUUGAAAGACUGCACGCAAGAGAUCUCAUUGCAUGCUAUCUGCGGUUCGUGGCCUGAUUUUCUUUUUUGUACAUAAAAAAAAUUCACAGUUCAAACAUGUAAUAUUUUAUUUUGUAAAUAGUUAUAUCACAGUUUUAAGGGCAUUUGUGGAAAUGUGGUCCCUAGAUAUAUGGAAAAUGAGAUGGUUUUAACAAUAAUAUUGCGAUGAAUAGUGUUUGAUUGAACAGAAUGUCGUAGUUGAUGUGUACCCAAUGUGAAUUACUCAGUAUAACUUCCGUCUCCACUAUGACGUCGACCUUACCGACUAUUAGUCUAUGUAUGUGCUUUUGUAUUUGGUGCAACAUUCCGUCUACGGUCCAGUUGGAGUAGCAGAGUACUUACCAUUGCUGUUAUUUAAUGUCAUGUCGAUAAAUCGUGUAGUGAAAGCCUGAAACUCCGUGUCAAUCUGUUUAUGUACGUGAUAAAAGAUUUUUUAAAAACUAUUUGUCCAUUACCUUGAUAAUGUCAAGGCAGUAUUACCUACAUGUAUAUAGUUCAAUUUUCCAUAUUUAUCCGCAUGUAAAGGGUAACGUUAGAAAUGAUCGGGAUUUAUGGAGAAAUACGCUCUUAUGUAGAAUUUAGUCUACACAAAAUGUUUGGUUACAUUUCGUACUAUAUUAAAGCAUAAAAAAAUACAACCAA